AUGACAAACAACAGCAACAAUACUUCAUCAACCCUCUCUGAUUACGGGAGUUUCAACCCUACUGUCCCUUUUCAUACUCCAAAUUUAUUUGAGUCAAAUACCAUCACCACAGCAGCAAUGCUUCAACAUCAUCACCAUCAACAAAUUAUCUUCCAACAGCAACAACUUCACCAACAAUCAUCAUCCGAAUCCAUGAGUUCUCCUACCUUUUACCAUCUCCAGCCGCAGCAAAUGCAAAGUUCUCUUGGUCAUCAGUCAGCUUUUACUUCUCUUAAUACUCCAAGCGAUUCCCUUAACUAUUUCGAGGAUCAAGGUGUGACAGAGGCCUUAAUGAAUGACCAACGAGUUGGAAGAAAGAAACGCAGGGGACCUAAAAAGAAGCCUCUGACUAAAGAAAGGGAAGAACGAAUGCGCAACCGACGGGCUCGAGCAAAUGACCGUGAGAGGAACCGUAUGCAUGGAUUGAAUCGAGCGCUUGAAGCUCUACGUCAACGCAUGCCUGUUUUCGCUGCGAAUCAGCGUUUAAGUAAGAUUGAGACAUUGCGAUUGGCCAAAAAUUACAUUAGGGCAUUGACAGACAUUGUACAGAGUGAUAAUGGGGGCUGUGAAUCGCAACCGGAUUCCCUAAAAAUGGCCCUUACCUUAACUGAGGGAUUAUCUCAGAAUACGACAAAUUUAGUUGCUGGAGCGCUGAAAGUUAGCCCCAGGGUUCUUCUACAAAUGCAACAGAAGAGAACUGCCAGUUAUGGUACGAGUGGCGUUAGUAUCUGCGAUGACAGUUCCAGUAGUAGUUUAACUCAGCAAGACAGCAGCACCGCAGUAGGAGAAUCGGAGUACUACGCCUCAAAUCAAUCCUUCUUUCCCCCAGAAGGGAAUGUAUGCAUCCCGUAUGAUAUUCCCUUUCCUCAUGGCUUUCUGCCUAAAUGA